AUGACGGUUGAAUCGAGUCCUCCCAAGAAAAGUGAAGGCGUGGACUCCGCCUACAAAGAGCCCGAGUUUACCAUCGAUAGUCCGAGACGCAGUAAUCGGAGAGCCAAACCUACUGCAAUCGUUGCGAGCACAAAGGAAAAUGUCCGUCCCACCACUCCGACAAAGGUCGAUCCUGGGUCAGCUCGUACGAGGAAAGAGCCAGCGUCUCCAAGAGUCGUGUUAGAUACCCGAGCACCACCAAAGGGACACGAUGCCAGUAUUGAACUGGCUUUGGCAUCUCUUGAGUCGCCCUCAAAGCAACAACAUGAUCUCCGAAAGCCUCCGGUUGUAGAUCUCAAGCUGCGUCUUUCUCGAGCUCUUCGGACCGAGCUGAGCGAGUUCACUGCCUUGAAGGUACUCCGAUACCAUCUCAACCAAAAGUUGGAUGUUCUAGCUGUAGCUACAGCCACACCAGCUGAACCCCUACGAGCGAAGAAUGGGCCACGGCAUUAUCAAAUCACCUUUAAUGUUACGGACCCAUCAGUCGCCCCUAGUGGUGUCACAGAGAUCCAAAUAUUUCGUCCUUACAAGGAUGCCCUCCCAACCAUCCAGGCUGGCGACGGUAUUCUCCUCAGGAAUUUCCAGGUUAUGUCAGUGAAGAGUAGAGGCUUUGGUUUGCGUUCUGUUCAAGAUGAAGGCAGUAGCUGGGUUGUUUUCAAGGACGAAGGCGAGCCUGAGGUCCGUGGGCCACCUGUAGAGUUUGGUGACGGGGAGAAGAAUCACGUCAAUGCACUCAGAGCCUGGUAUGCAACUUUGGACACAACAGCAAUGUCAAAAAUCAGCCGAGCCAAUGGGGAUAAAGCGGGCACCGGCGUUGGGAAAAGCAUUGCGAAGGCGUCUUGA